AGACAGCACCGGCUAAAACAAUAGCGCCGUUGUGAAAAAAAAGAAAGAAAAACAGUCCCCCCAAAGCCCGAUUAUACUAACAAUAAUGGCAGUCAGUGAAAGGAACUGAUUUUUUUGUUUGUUGUUUUUCUUUCUUUAGUGAGGUCUUGCAGCUCAGGACUUCCAGGAGAAGCAGGGGGGCAGUGGUGGCCCCCCCCGGCACUUCGCCUGUGGGACCCUGGGAAGCGCCGCCCCUGCGCGGGGCCCCUUGCUCCGCUUGCCAAACGCCGCCUCCCCGGGCCGGAGGAGAUGCACAAACUGAAAGUAAAAAAAAAAAAAAAAAAAAAAAAAAAGCAAAAAAAAAAGCAGCCCACAGCGCAGGGACGGUGGCGAAAGGCGGGAGCGAUUUUUGCAGGGAAACCAGCCUAAGUGUCAGGAGGCACACCUCCAAAAGAGACACCUAUAAAAUUAUCAAUCUGAAGGCAGACAUCUGGCUGAAAAAGUGCUUCUGGCACCUGCAGGAAGCUACCAAUAGACAUAAAGUCAGUCACUGAGCUUGAAGAGCAGUCUUGAUGCUGCCCCCUUUUCACCAGUUGUCUGCAUGAAGAGGAGUGAGGAUGGAAUGGGAAAGCAUCACAGCAAAGGCUGAAGAUUUUAGACAAGUUGGCCUUCCUGACACCUAGCUCUGACUGUCUUUGGGCACUCUGCAGGCCUGGCAGCACAGCAUGAUUAGGAUCAGGAGGAAAAAACUGUGGGCAUCUUGCUUCUGCUUUACAGCUGCCUUUUUCCUUGUGACGACGCUCCAGGUCAUCACUGAACUGGGCAAUUCAGAGAAGAAGGCUGCAGUAAUCUCUGGUUUACAGGGUGGCCCAUUAAAGCCUGAGGAGAGACAUGCUUUUCAAUUUAAGAAGCAGGAACUUCAGAGCAACUUCAAGACAGAGACUGAUGCAGAUCACUACCCCAUCCUGCUCUGGUGGUCUCCCCUGACUGGAGAGACAGGGAGAUUGGGUCAAUGUGGAGAGGAUAUUUGUUUCUUUACUAUCAACAGGACCUACCAGCACCAUCAGAUGACAAGAGCAUUUCUGUUCUAUGGUACUGACUUCAGUGUAGACAGCCUACCCCUCCCUCGUAAAGGCCAUCAUGAUUGGGCCCUUUUCCAUGAAGAGUCACCAAAAAACAACUACAAGCUCUUCCAUGAACCAACCAUCACCUUAUUCAACCAUACUGCAACAUUUAGCCGUCAUUCACACCUACCGCUGACCACUCAGUACCUUGAGGGCGUAGAAGUUCUGAAGUCCUUGAGGUACAUGAUCCCCCUGCAGAAGAAAAACAGCUUGAGGAAGAGGCUUGCACCACUUGUGUACGUGCAGUCUGAUUGCAACCCUCCUUCUGACCGGGACAGCUAUGUGCGUGAGCUGAUGUGCCACAUUGAAGUAGACUCUUAUGGGGAAUGUCUGCAUAACAGAGAUCUUCCUCAGCAUCUCAGAAAUCCAGCUGCCAUGGAUGAUGGGAACUUCUAUAAAAUACUGGCGCAGUACAAGUUCAUUCUUGCUUUCGAAAAUGCUAUUUGUGAAGAUUACAUCACUGAAAAACUUUGGCGACCGCUGAAAUUGGGAGUAGUACCAGUGUACUAUGGCUCUCCCAGCAUUGUAGACUGGCUUCCUAGUAACAAGAGUGCAAUCCUGGUAUCUAGGUUUUCACAUCCUCGGGAACUGGCCCACUACAUCAAGAUGCUGGAUAUGAAUGACCGAGAAUACGAGGCUUACCUUGAAUGGAAACUGAAAGGGGACAUUUCCAACCCCAGGCUGCUUACAGCAAUAAAGGAACGCAAGUGGGGAGUGCAAGAUAUCACCCAGGACAAUUACAUUGACACCUUCGAGUGCAUGGUGUGUAACAGAGUAUGGGAAAACAUCAGGAGGAAAGAAAAGGGAUGGCUGCCCCAGAGCUGGAAUGCUCAGGUUAAUCACCUCAGCUGCCCCAAACCCGAAGCUUUCUGGUUCUCAUCUUCAAACACAGGCUGGGCUUCACUCCGAGAGAUGUGGAUACCGAGCUUCGAGCAAUCCAAGAGAGAAGCCUGGGCAUUGAGACAGCUGGUGGAAAGGAACACGAAUUUUACUGCUCAAGAGUUUUGGAUGCUUGUAUUCAAAGAAUAAACACAACAACCUGUAAAACAGA